GCUGUUUCUGUCUGUAGUGUCCUCAGAUGAAGAAGCCAACACAAUGAUGCAACCAGCAGAUCUUCGACAAGUCACUGUCUUGUCCCGUGCUGAGUGGCAGAGGAUUCAAGAUCAAUCAAAUCAGGUUAAUCGCCAUGGGCAGAGCAUCAGAGAGGCAGCACAACAAAGAAAGGCCUUGCAUUUGAAAUCACAAGAAGAGGUGAAAUGCUGGCCCAACACCAAAGCUGGGCAAAGGCAAAAGAUGCUGGAGGCGAAGAAGAUUCGGGAACAGAAAGAAGAGGAGCAGAAGAAAUUACUUGAUAUAGAGGAGGCCAAAUAUCAGGCUGAAAAGCGCAAGGAAGCCAUCACAAAAGCCACGGCUCAACAGUUUUAUCACACUGACCGUGUCAAAGCAUUUCAUGGUGCACUCUUAAUGACCGAAGUCCUGAAGGAGAGGGAGGCACAAAUUGAGCUGAAGAAGAGAAUACAAAGUGCAUCUAAAGAUUUGGACAAACAAUUUAUCACCAUGAUGAUGUCCAGAGAGGAUGAAGCUUUGCAACAGGAGCAGCAGAAAGCUCUUCAGAAACAGCUGGAGAGGCAGGAUCUUGCAGAGGAUCUCAAAAAGCAAAUGAGGGAAACUGAACAGGCAAGAGAGCGAGAUAAACUAAAGAAGAAGAAAGAGGGAGAGGAAAUCCUGCACCUCCAAGAAAUGUAUCUGGCAGAGCAAACAAUGGAGAAAGAAAAAAAAGGAGAGCAGAGGAGGAACAACAUGCAAGUUUGGAAGGACCAUAUCUCCACCAAGGACAUCAUGAGAAAACUGGAUGCACAAAAGCAGGAGGUGGAGGAGGAGCGAAGACAACUUUAUCUCACUGCAAAGCAAAAAAUGAUGAAGUUGAGGAAAGAGAAAGAGACAGAGCUGCAUAGAGAGGCCCAGAUGCAGAGGGAUAGGUUAAUGGACAAACUAACAGCCACACUGAAGGACCAGGUUAUCGACGAGGAGGAUGGGGACAAGGACGGAACGGCCAGAGCAGCGGCUGAGCGAGAAGCAAAGGAGGCACAGCAGCAGAGGGACAAGGAGGAGGAGAGGGCGGCUAUGCUGAGGUCUAUUGCUGCACAUAGAGAAUCCAUGAGACAGGAGAAGGAGCAGAGGGAGAAGAUGGCACAUGAGAACGCCCAGGCCAUGCUGCAGGCCAAGAGAGAGGCGGACCGAAUAUUUUUGGAGAAGCAACAGCUGAAGGCUCAAAAAAUGAGAGAGGAUGCCAUACUCUUACAGGAUUUCAAUGCAAAUCAAAUGGCUGAAAGAAACGCCAGACGGCAGCAGCUGAAAAAAAUGGAACAAGAGUUUGAAGCCAAGAACGAAGAACUUAUUGAACAAGAGGAGAAACAAUUCCAACAGUACACAAAGCACGUAAUCAACGCAGCAGCAGACGCUCAACGAAAUGUCUGUCCCCUCCGCAAAGCUGCUAGGGAAGGACUUGGAGGAGGGUCUGGUCCCAUUUUUGGUGGAGUGAGGCCUCGCUACUUAGUUCAAGACCACACUGGUGCUGAGAUGGCCAGAUAUGUCACUGCCAGAAGCCAGGACAUUAAAGAGCAUCUUGAGGCCGUCGAUAUUGAAUACUCCAAGAAGCGACUUGGAUUUGUGUGGGAAUAGGAUACGAUGUGGCAAAAUCAG